AUGUAUAAUUUGGGGCAGGAUAAUAUUAAUGAGCACUCGGCACCUUAUUACCGCAACUGGGACGUUCAGGCUACGAGCAACAGCAAAAGCGAAAGCAAAACUUUAACAGAAAUAGAAACUGCUCUUAAAAUCAUCCUUAGGAACCCGAAACUACCGUGGCGACCAAGACCACUGCGACCACCACGCGUUUACCGUCCAAGAAACAAACCGCUAAUAAAACCCUUACCCAUUCGUAUACGACCUAACCUUGCCCGCCCUCGCCUACAACACCUCACCCAGCUCAACCAACUCCAGACUCUCUUACGGCAGCAGGAGCAUCCUGUAGCCGGACCACCGGACCACCCUGUAGCAGCCCCGUCUGUCAUCAAGAGCCUGCUGACUCUCCGCAACAACCUUCGCUGUGCCAAGCAGGACCAGUGCAAAGACCUGUGUCUUGGGAAGUACGACGGGAGUCAAGGAAAGAGGUGUUUGCACAAGUGUGAGGAGAUACACCCGUGUGUCGAGGCGCUGAGGCAGGGCGCGAGGGACCCGUGCGGUGAUGAUGGUGACGGGUGCGCCACGGCCGAGGAGACUGACUGCGAGGGCGAUCGAUGUGGUGACAGUGGUGGAGACGGCGGCAGUGGUGAUGGCGGCGGCGGUGGUGACCCUGAUGACACCAGCACCAAGGCAUCCCGACUAAGAGCGUCAUUGGAAUAAGGCCGUAUGAAGAAAAUCAAUAUGGAUAAAUAAAUGACAA